CAGUUGGAAUCCUCCAGACUGGUGGCAACGCCACCACUUAUCGAGAAAUAAACAAAACAAAACAAAUUUUUGUGGCUGCAACAAGUGUAUUUAAAAUAAGUUUUUACUAUUAUUUUAUACAAUAAUGUCGCUACCUCGGCUGAACACGCUGAUAAAACUGACUUCCAAAUCUGCAGCCAUCCGCGCCAUCCAGAUGCCGCCCAGGAGAAACCUGUCGGCCUUGCCGGAAUCCGGACCCGCUGGCCACUUCAAGACCCUGGCCGUCAGCUCGCCCAAGCCGUUCGUCUUUCAUGUGGAGCUCCAUCGGCCUAGCCAGCUCAAUGCCAUUAAUAGGCAGAUGUGGAUGGAGAUCAAGGAGUGCAUCGACGGGCUGGCCAUCAACCCCGACUGCCGGGCGAUCGUCUUGUCCGCAGCCGGCAAGCACUUCACCGCUGGCAUCGACUUGAAUGACAUGAUGAGCCUAGGCCAAAUCCUAGCUGAGACCGACGACUACGCCCGCAAGGGCGUUGUCAUGGAACGCAUGAUCAAGCUGUACCAGGACUCGAUCAGCAGCCUGGAGCUGUGCCCCAAGCCGGUGAUCACGGCGGUGCACAAGGCGUGCAUUGGCGCCGGCGUGGACCUGAUCACCGCCUCCGACAUCCGCUACUCCACCGAGGACGCCUUCUUCCAGGUGAAAGAGGUGGACAUUGGCAUGGCCGCCGAUGUGGGCACUCUGCAGCGUCUGCCCAAGGCCGUGGGCAGUCAGUCGUUGGCCCGUGAGUUGUGCUUCACCGGUCGGCGCUUCGAGGCAGCUGAGGCCCACACCUCGGGCCUGGUGAGUCGCCUCUUCCCGGACAAGGAGUCCCUGCUGAGCGGAGCCCUGGCCUUGGCCGAGCUCAUCGCCAGCAAGAGUCCUAUCGCCGUGAAGACCACCAAGGAGAACAUGACCUACUCACUGGAGCACACCAACCAGGAGGGAUUGGACCACAUUCGCCUGCUUAAUAAGCUGAACUUGCUAUCGGAGGACUUUGCCCAGGCCGUGGCCGCCCAGUUGACCAAGGACGAGAAGCCCGUAUUUGCCAAGCUGUGAUCUGGAGGAGAUAGAAAACGAAUGGCGGGGAGUCGAAUUUCAAAUGUAUUCGCCAUGUAUGCACUUAUAAAUACACCAGCUGCCUUUACUUUAGAACUCA